ACACACACCUUUAACGCCAAUAAGAUCCUAUCGCUCUGUCUCAAUACGCAGAGCCUCUCCCUUCAACAACCCUCUCGUCUUCUUGUUCGCUCUGAGGAUCGUCUGUUUCUUGCUCCUCCUCCAUCUUCACCCCUCCAAUCUCUCUCCGAAUUUAAAGGUUUGGAUUUAAUUGCUUUAUCUUCCUAUCUCUCUCUGUGUGUCUUUCUCUCUGUCCUCACCUCUCUCAAAUCUCAAUUUCAAAUCGAACCCAUGCUCUAUCGUCAUCCAGAUCUACCCUGACCCAUUUUCCGCACACCCACAUCUCAUCUUCUAGCUAACCCUUUUUCUCUUCCUCUCUUUCUCAUCAGAUAGAUCCGAACCCAAAGUUCACUGUAUAUACCAUGUCUCCGUUCUCCUCUGUUCCACCGGAAGACCUGCUUAUCGACCAUUUCGACCAAUUACCCGACUCCCUCCUCCUCCUCGUGUUCAACAAGAUCGGAGACGUGAAGGCUCUCGGCCGCUGCUGCGUCGUCUCGCGUCGCUUUCACUCCCUCGUCCCCCAGGUCGAAAACGUCGUCGUCCGCGUCGACUGCGUCAUCUCCGACGACGAUUCCUCCCCUUCCUCCUCUUCUUCCUCUCCUUCCUCCUCCUCCGACAAAUCCCGCAACCCUUUGUCCAAUCUCUUCCGCUUCGUCUUCUUGGGAACAGUCGUCAAACCCUACCAAUUCUUGACCCAAUUCCUAGGCGGCCCCAAGAGACCGUCUUCUUCUGGUUCUUCUUCUUCUCCCUCCCUUUUCCUCGCUGAGGACGGCGAGGUCGACCAAGGUGGCGUGACCCACCACUCUCCGACCCAGGUCCUCAAGAACUUCAACGAGGUUCGGUUCCUUCGCAUCGAGCUUCCCGGUGGAGAAUUGGGCAUCGAUGACGGCGUUUUGUUGAAGUGGAGGGCCGAUUUCGGUUCCACUCUCGACAACUGCGUCAUUCUCGGCGCGUCUUCGGUGGUCUACUCCACCAAGAGUGCGAACGACAAUGGUGCAGAUGGGUUUUGUGCCACUAACAAUGGAGGAGGAGGGGAAGAUAACGGAAGCAUACCCGAGUCGUUCUACACGAAUGGGGGCCUCAAACUGCGAGUCGUUUGGACUAUCAGCUCGCUGAUCGCGGCCUCGGCGAGGCAUUUUUUGCUGCAACCGAUCAUUUCGGAGCACAAAACUCUGGAUAAUCUGGUGCUGACCGAUGCGGAUGGACAGGGCGUGUUGUGUAUGAACAGGGACCAGCUCGAGGAGCUGAGGGUUAAGCCCUUGUCGGCCUCGUCGGCAUCAAAGAGGACGCAAGUGCCUGCGCUUAACAUGCGGCUUUGGUACGCGCCGCACUUGGAACUGCCCGGUGGAAUGGUUUUGAAGGGGGCGACGCUGGUGGCGAUUCGGCCUAGCGAGCAGUCGGCGGUGUCAAUAGCGAGGAAGGAAGUGUCGGAUGUGUCAUGGGUUUCGAUGGCUUUUGAGGAGCCGUACGGGACUGCGGCAAAGAUGCUGGUGAAGCGGCGGACUUACUGCCUUGAGAUGAACUCCUUCUGAUUGAGAACGAUGGGAUCUAAGGGAAAGCGCUAUCCUUCAAGUGGUGAAAAUGGAAUUUACAUAAUUUUGGCAAUCAGAGAAUUAGAAGACUCAAUUCUGCUUUGUGAGGAUCUCAAGUUGGGUGCCAAGCCAAAUCCUGCUUUGGACUGCCACAGAAACACAUGUAUGCAAUGCUAGUCUCUCUACUGCCAUGCCUGAAUUGAUGGUGGAAAUGCAUCUGCUGGUUGUUUUAAGUCAAAGGCCUAAGGCAUAUGCUUUUAAGACUGCACACGUGCAACUAGAAUGACGUUGUAAGACCUUUCAGUUUGUAGUCAUUUACUUUCUUUAACUGUCUCUAUAUGUGAAUAUAGUAGGCUCGACUGUGGUAUGCUUAUCUUAUACAGAAAUGUACGAUCAUUUUGCUUCAAAUGAUCUGUGUUAAUUCACUCGUAGUAGCAAUGGUAAAAUGGCAUAUGGGCUUCUCUGGUUCCUUUUUAA